UCUUAAGGCUACUUCGCCAGAUGGUGCAGCCUUUUCUUUUGUUUACCCAUUGCCUCUGAGUUUACCUUACUAACCUUAGAAACAAAACUAUGGAAACCGCCCGAGCGACAUCACCGCCGGAUGCUGACAAGUAAUUCGCCUUAUCAACUUGGAGAGAGUGACACCAGGAUGGGAGUGCUAGCAUGGCUGUGCAAGAACUGAGGCCAAACUUUCAUCCCUCUGCUGCAUUUUGAACUGCUCCUCCUUUUUUCAUAGCAGCCUGACACCAGAGCUGUUCGACACAGAGAGCAGCGUUUGGAAAUGACCCGUGUUUCUGCUCAGCCAUAGGACGAAUAAUGACUCAUUGAAUCUGAAUCGGUGGACAAAAGAAACUUACCUGGCACAAUGUUUAAGCAAAUGGAUGCGUCAUCCAAAAGACGGCCCUAUGUUGGAAGUGGGCUUAACCUUCCCCAUCAGCCUCCUUCCUCUUCCACCCAGCAAGGCCGUAUCCGAGCAGUGGAGGUGGCAAGAGGGAGAACAGGGUAUGGCUUUACUUUGUCAGGUCAAAGUCCAUGUAUCCUUAGCUGCAUUCUGAAAGGGAGUCCUGCUGACUAUAUGGGGUUACGUUCAGGUGACUACAUCCUGUCUGUCAAUGACAUCAAUGUCUCCAAGGCUUCACAUGAAGAUGUAGUUAAAUUAAUUGGACGUUGUUCUGGCGUUUUGAAACUGGUCAUCGCAGAGGGAGAGCGCCACAGAAGACACCAUCAUCACCAGCGCAACGCCAGCAGUCGGCACCAUAGCAGCAACACCAUGGCAGCAUCUUUUCUGGACUCGUGCUCUAGUGAUGAUGAGCUGGAUGUUUUUUACGAUAACAGUGUUAAUAACAAUAAUAACAGUAGGUCAGGAGCUCGUGGAGGGUGGUACAAACCCAAACUGGAUUCUAAGCAGCUGGGCAUAAACAGAGCCGAGAAGGUUGUGGCUGAGCUGCAGUCUGGAGGAAUUUUUAACAUGAUUUUUGAGAACUCCAGCCACUCCUCUAGCAGCUCCGACAAGGACAGGCCUGUGGUCACAUCCACAUCCAAGCCACGUCCGCUUUCUGAUCCAGAAUUUCCCCCUUAUCGGAACCCCUCCCAUUCCCAGAGCAACCCCAACUUACUGUCUGAGGAGGAGAUGGCUCAAGUUCUAAAUGAUGAUUCAGUUUUUCUUGACUCAGACUUCCGACAUCUUCAUCUUCACCACCAUGAUGAACACGAGGGGGACGUAGGAGAUGGAGCCGACUUGGGCCUAGAGCCCGGCGAAGGCAUCCUCAAUGUGGGGAUGAUUGUUGGCUAUCUGGGCUCCAUUGAACUGGCAUCUACAGGGGCAAGCCUAGAAAAUGACAGCUUGCAAGCCAUCAGAGGAAGCAUGAGGCGCCUCCGAGCAGAACAAAAGAUCCAUUCACUGGUCCUUAUGAAGGUCAUGCAUGACAGUGUGCAUCUGUGCAGUGACAGAGGGCAGGUCUUGGCCACCUAUCCAGCAGAAAAACUAGCCUUCAGUGCCUGUUGUCCAGAUGACAGACGAUUCUUUGGACUGGUCACGAUGCAGGCCACAGAUGACCAUGACGAGCGUCGUUUCAGCCACGGACGAGAUGAAGAGAGUAGUUUGAGAACUUCCUGCCAUGUUUUCAUAGUGGAUCCAGACCUGUCUCACCACCAGGUCCAUUUAGGUGUUGCCCGGAGGUUUGGCUUUGAAUGUACCCCAGACCCAGACACAGGAGGAUGUCUGGAGUUUCCUCCCAGUUCUCAGCCUCUCCUUCAGUUUGUCUCUGUCCUCUACCGAGACAUGGGGGACAACAUUGAGGGGGUGAGGGCUCGAGCCUUCCAUGAUCCAGACAACGACGCUCAACAGAACCACAGCACCAGCAGCAACAGUGACAGUGGGAUUGGCAACUUUUUACCUGAGGAGAAGAGCAACCGAGUGCUUUUAGUUGACCUCGGAGGUCCUCCCAACCACAACCAUGUCCCUGGACUGCGCCACUGGGACAGCCCCCCUUCGUCCCAGCAGGCCUGGAGUCCCACCCUGGGAGCUGCAGCCUCACACCCACCACCUCCUCCUCCGUCUUUGAGAAACGGUCACUAUCGUCAUGAACCACACCUGGCUGACCUCCCUCACCCUCUCCCCUUAUCUCACCCUGAUGUCUCUGGCAGGCACCCUCGAGGGGUCCACCCACACCACUACACUCAGGGGAAACGGGGAGGAACAGUGGGAGGAGGAGAAAAGAGAGGGGGUGGAGGAGGAGCAGCAGCAGGGGGAGGAGGGGCGGAGCCUCAGAGGUGGCUGCCAGUCCAUGUGCUGAGAGACUGGCGUCAGCAGCACCACCACCACGGUCACCUCCAGGGCCUGAGCAGCGAUCAGGAGUCCUACGCCGAAUCCACCGACGGGUGGUCAUCAGCUAACUGCAGCACCCUCCCCCCACCCAUGAGCAAGAUCCCAGCUGACCGUUACCGGGCUCCGCUUGCCCCAGGAGACCACCUGCCGCCACAUGGAGGGAGCCAACCACCUCCUCCCUCACAUCCCCACUCUCACACCCAUCGACUGGCUGUUCAGAAGGAUGAGUGGGCUAAAAAACUGUUCGGUGCUGGUGACCGGGACAGGGCUACUACAGAGAGAGGUGAAAGAGAGAAGAAACGAGGGAACAAGGACGGAGAGAAAAAGGGUGGUCGAUUUCGUGGUCUGACCAUGGGCUUUCCCCCUCUCCCCCAGCGUUCCUCAGCCAGGCGCUCCUUCGGACGCUCCAAACGUCUCAGCCUGGCCCGAUCCCUGGAUGAUCUGGAGUCUGCUGCAGUCUCUGAUGGAGAACUGAACAGUGUGGAGCUGCAGGGCUGCAGCAGUGACAACAGUCUGAACAGUAAUGCCAGCCUGCCCAGUGUACAGAGCCACCGGCGCCACACUGAGAGGAGAGUGGCCAGCUGGGCCGUCUGCUUCGAGAGACUAUUACAGGACCCCGUGGGAGUGCGCUACUUCUCGGAGUUCCUGAAGAAGGAGUUUAGUGAGGAGAAUAUCCUGUUCUGGCAGGCUUGCGAGUACUUCAGUCACGUCCCUGAGAAUGACAAGAAACAGCUGUCUCAGCGUGCCAGAGAGAUCUACAACAGCUUCCUGUCCAGUAAAGCCACAACACCAGUCAACAUUGAUAGUCAAGCCCAGCUUGCUGACGACAUCCUCAAUGCACCCCGGCCUGACAUGUUCAAAGAGCAGCAACUGCAGAUCUUUAAUUUAAUGAAGUUUGACAGCUACACACGGUUCCUCAAGUCCCUGCUGUACCAAGAGUGUAUGCUGGCAGAGGUGGAGGGCAGGCCCUUACCAGACCCUUACCACAUCCCUAGCAGCCCCACAUCCAAACACAGCACCACAGGCUCCGAUCGUUCCAACAUCUCUACGCCGAAGAAGGAGGACAAAAAGAGCAAGUCAGGCCGAUCUUUAUAUGAAGAGAGUCGGGAUGAUUCAGGAGACAGAAAGAAGGGCAUGUUCUUCUCCUGGUCCCGCAACAGGAGCUUUGGCAAAGGCCCAAAGAAGCGAGAGCUGGCCGAUUUCAACUACAAUUUUUCUGGCAGUAAUGGGCGCCGUGAAUCCCAGGGUUCCCUGUCUUCAGGAGCCAGUCUGGAGCUGGGGACGUCUGGGUCGGGGAGAAAUGAGGGUGAUGUUUCCCGUGGUGCAGGGUCAGUGUCAGCAGAGCGCGGAGGGGGCAGCGCCCCCUUGAGGCAGUGUAACAUUAGCUUACCAGAUGGCUCAUGUUGCUCUGUACCCCUGAGAGCUGGAGUGUCCAUCAGAGACCUGCUGCUGGGGCUCUGUGAGAAGCUUUGCAUCAACCUGGCAGCUAUAGACCUCUUUCUGGUUGGAGGGGAGAAGCCACUUGUUUUGGACCAGGACUGUAUGACAUUGUGCUCUCGGGAUCUCCGGCUAGAAAAACGCACUCUUUUCAGGCUUGAUUUGGUCCCUAUAAACCGUUCAGUGGGGCUAAAAGCGAAACCCACCAAGCCAGUGACGGAGGUCCUCAGACCUGUGGUGGCAAAAUAUGGCCUGCACCUCUCUGAUUUAGUGGCUCGUAUUAGUGGGGAGUCCGAGCCUUUAGAUUUAGGGCUUCCUAUAUCCAAUCUGGACGGUCUGCGGGUGGUAUUAGAUGUAGCUGAGCACACUCCUGGAAAAGACAAACAGAAAAUAGGUCUCUCAAAAAGCCAUGUCCCAGCAUCUACAAGCAGAAACCAAUCAACAACAGGGGAGGACAGGUCAUCAGGGAAAGCCGGUUCAGCCCAUCCCCAUGGGGAAAAUGGCAAGGCUGGACCCAGCCCUGACACAAGCACCCAGCCUUUCCCCAACCACUCUGUCUCUGUCCAUAAGGCUCCGGAGAAAAGAAAGCAGAAAAAGAUUAAUAUAGACGAAGCUGAAGAGUUCUUCGACCUCAUAUCCAAAGCUCAGAGCAACCGAGCAGACGACCAGCGAGGCCUGCUAAACAAAAGCGACCUGCAGCUCCCAGAAUUUCUGCGCCUGUCGCCAAUGGCAACCAACCAGGCUGUGCCUCCUUCCUACAACCCGGAGCCCAGUUGCUCAACCCCUAAUUCCCGUAACCCCAACAACGGCAGCUUCCCUAGCAGCGGUCGCCGGGGCAAUAAGGCGAACAGCAAUGACAAGGGAGGAGGUGGAACCCACUUGCUCAACGUGAGCCAUCAGUCCCAGAGCUUGGACUCUGCACUGGGCAGUGAGAGCGGAGGGGGGAGGAGAGCCAGACCACCCCCUCCAUUUCCUGGUACCCUCUCUCCAAUUCAGCCAUCACAGGGCACCCAGCGAGGUCUUCUUCAGGACUCUAACAGGGGGGAAUCGGUGCAGAUGCUGGAGGAGGACACCCUGUCUGAUCUGACUCUAGUAGGAGAGGGGGACAUUAACAGCCCCAGCCUCAACUACGUCACUCCCUCAGCCUUACCGUGCAAAGCCAACUCUCGACCCCAACAUCAAGCACAGGACGGUAGGCCUAGCUCAGGUACUUCCCCCGUGUGAACUUUUUUCCAAGUGUUCGAGUUUCACCUCUCUCUUCACCUGACUGAGUGGGACCCACUGAAGUCAGUUACAAGCUUCAUUUUCAGGUUCAGACCUUGAAGAGGUCUGAGGCUGAACGGCCCACAAUGCAUCCAGAUCUUCUCCUUUCCUUCUUUGAAUGAGUAAUAGACCAUCUAUUUUUCUAAAUUACUUUCUGAAGUACUGAAGGAGAAUAGAGUGUCUACUGGAAGUAUGGAGGUGAGACCUUCACCACAUGCAACAGAAAUGAGAGUGCACAACCUCACAGUGCAUACAUUGUAGAUGCUUGGAUUAUCUGUAUCUAUUGUAUGCAGACAUGAGACUUAAAAUAAAAUAGGUCAGGCACAUGAAGAGGCGAAGAAUGGAUGCAUUAGGCUUCGUCUGUGUAAGCAGACAGAAUUUCCCGGAACUUUCCUGUGUGGUGUGUAUCUGUGUGGGCCUUUGAGCAGAAUUGCUGUGGAUUUUUUUUUUCUCUGGAUGUGUGAGCUCAAGGUCGAGCUCAGUAUGAAUUGGUGCCAACCCCCCCCCCAAUGCCACCACCACCACCACCAUCUCCCCAGUGCACAGAUCUCACAAUGCACUUUAGCCAGUGACAAACAAGACUUUACACAUCUUUAGUCCAUCUUAUUUUUAUAUUUAAACAUGGAGGAUGUCUAUUUCAUGCUACAAGUGGUUGUGCCACCACAGGUUUGGAAAACAGCUCAUGGUAUCAGUUAAUAGUAACUAGCUGCUCCAUAUUCAGAGUCGUAUGGAAGCUACAUCAAUGCACUUCCAACUGAAACAUGUCUUAUUUUCCAUUUAACACAUUGCUUGCUGACACUGCAGGCCUGACCCCACAAAUACUGACAUAUACAACAGCCAUGAACAUAACUUUUUCGACUUGAGCACAGUACGUCCUGUGUCUCCACCACUGUUUUCACCUCAGGCAUUUCUCGUGUCACUCAUGAAAACAAACUGUAAUGGGUGUUCACACACACUAGCCCACUCUGACACCAUUAUCAAAGCUUUCUGCACCAAGGAGACAAGAAUAGUUUGUGUUUUUCAUCUCUGUUAGUAUUCUUUGCACUACAUUACACAAUAGGAUCUUUUUUUCCACACUUUAGCAAUUCAACAGUGUUUGGAGGUGCAGUGUCUCAGCUGGAGUCAGAACUUUGUAAAGAUUUCACUCUAACUCUAUCCUGUACUAUAUUCUCAAGAAGACAUUAAUUUAUCCCAUGCACGUCAUUUUCAUUUUUACUCUCUCUCAAACAAAAGUAUUAAUUUGUACAUAGUCAACUUUGUGAAAUCGCCAUAUUGCUGUAGUCAUUGUUGAAUUGCUUUCAGUUGUGUCUCGGUAGAAUUCAGUUCUGCUCUGUUCUGUUUGGUUGACUGUACUGUCUGUAAAUAGAUCAAAUAAAUUGUUUUAGAGGUUGAACUCUCUCUAUGGAACCUCA